UUCUUUGAUUUGGGUUUUUCAGUGAUUGUGAUUGAUGCAAGAUUUCGUUUGUUUUAAAUUUUUUUUUGUUGAAUCCAUGCUUUUUUACUUGAUCAAAAUGAUAAUUGUUACAAUUUAAUGUUGAAGUAGAAUUUUGAUUUGUCAGUAGAAGAGACUUUGAUUUGUCAGUAGAAGAGAAGAAUUAUAAGCAAAUUUUGUCAGGUCACUGUUUUGAUGUCAGCUUAGUACUAGAGGGUUGGUAUUGGCAGUGUUCCAGCAAUUUACUUGCUGGCAUCCUUCCAAUUAUUUAAUUUGAAAUUUGAAAUUUGAAAUGACCUAGAGUUCUCACUUUGUAUUUGUCUAUAAAUACUGAUGUUGUGUGGUCUGUUUGUUGUUCUUGCUCAUAUCCUGGUUUGAUUUUGGUAUUGCUUUUGCUCCAUUGCUACAUAUCUUCAUAUCUGAUAUAUCUCUUGUGUGUAAAUCUUAAUUAUGGCCUUCACUACUAGUCUGUUCAAUCCCCUGAGUUGUUUAUUUCCUGGAAAAGACACAUGGAAAAUUAAGGUUCGUGUUCUUCGUCAGUGGGAGAUGUUUCCUAUUGGUGAUUCUUCAAAGCCUUAUGCCAUUAACCUUGUCUUGAUUGAUUCACAGAUAAGAACCAUUGACCUUGAUGGCAAGCGCAUUAAGUUACAAAUCAGGGACACUGCUGGCCAGGAGCGAUUUCGAACUAUUACGAUUGCCUAUUACCGUGGAGCCAUUGUUAUCUUGGUGGUUUAUUAUGUUAGUGAUGAAGCAUCAUUCAACAAUAUUAAGAUUUGGAUUUGCAAUAUUGAACAGCAUGCUUCUGACAAUGUAAACAAGAUACUUGUGGGAAACAAGGCUGAUAUGGAUGAAAGUAAGAAGGUUGUACCUACUUCCAAAGGCCAAGCUCUUGCAUAUGAGUGUGGUAUCAAGUUCUUUGAGACUAGUGCAAAAACAAACUUGAAUGUGGAGGAGGUUUUCUUUUCAAUAACAAGAGACAUCAAGUAGAGCCUUGCAGACAUAGAUUCUAGAGCUGAGAUGAUUCUAAUGAAUAGGCUAAGAAUAAUGAUGAUGGAGAGGAUACUUUCAAGCUGUCCUAUUCUGAUGCUGAGUGAAGAAUUAGAGGAAAAGAACCUUCAGAAAAGUUUUGUUCCUUAAACAAACCUCAAAGAUGGUUGAGGUAUUUUGCUUGCAUUUGAAUUUGGGGCUGAGGUAUUAAUUUUUGUUUGAUACAUGUGGUGCCAAGAAGAUUAUUAUCAAAGAUGCUGCUGCUCCGAAUUACACAUCUAGAAAGCCAAGUAAAUAAGUUGCAGAAAUCUUCUAAGUGAAGCCUGGGCCCCUAAAUUAGCAAACUAGCAAAGAACAUGAGCAACUUGAAGUCAUGCCUCUUCUAGAAAAAUCUAUGGAUACUGAAAGACUAGGACCUGGAAAUUAGUUUUUCAAUUCAAGAGAAGGUGGAAAAGGAGGCCAGAUUGUGGACAAAGUUGAAAUUGCAGUUCAAAUUACACACAACCAAACCGGUGUCACUAUUCACUGAACAAGUUAUUUUUCCUCUUUUCACACUUAUUUAAUAUGUGAACCCAUCUUCCAUGUUUCUGAGGCUUCUUUGGAACAUAAUAUAGUUGGAGACAAUUUAUAUUUUAUACGUUAGAAACAUAUUUUAGUCUCAUGUUAAGUAGAUCCAAGAUUCAAACUUAACUCACAAAGUGUUUCUUCUUUAGGAAUUAUUAUCCCCACUUAACUCUUCCUAGAAUCAGAACCUGAAAUACUCAUUUAAGAAAUCUUAAUCCUGAUAUUAGUAUACAAAUGAGAGGCAUUUAUUUCAUAGUUUCUUAAAUCCUCACAGAUUAACACUAUGGAUUUUACUGCGACAAAUUCACACCAAACUCAUGCAAAUGAGAAUUGAAGUGCAUGGUUAAAAUGCAUUAUGUUAAAGAUUCCCAUGGUAAUGAUUUUGAUGAUUGGUGUUGGCCUGAUCAUCCUCCUAACUUGACACUUUGAACCCAGAGAUUAGAUCCUGGUGGUAUGCUAUGUUUUAUUUUUGGAGUUCUGUUGGUUCCACUCCUCUUUCCAAAUGGAAUGUGCCUUUCGUCUUCAAUGGUCUUGAGGUUCGUUAAUUUUUUCAAGGUUUAUUUAUUUAUUUAUUCUUGUGGUUUUUAUCAUGUUUUUGGAAUUGGAAUCUUCGUUUGCAAAUUUUUCAAAGCUGACACUUGCAUCUCAUGCAUUUGGGUUAGGGAAAAGGGAAAUAAAUGAUGUGCUUUGUAAGGAACUCAUUAUCACCAGCAUCCAUUUCCAUGAUAAUGAUUGAUGAUAUGCAUGCAGACCUUAUGACCCAAGCAUUUAUCGUAUAUGCUGGAGAAAUCAUUAGGAUAAUUAACAAUUUAUCCACAUGGUGACUCUAAUCAUCAAUGACCUCAUAAUUUGGGAUUAUCUAUGACACAAAUGUUUCCUCAAAGCACUAUGUCCAGCAGAAAAUAAAAUACAUGUUGAAAAUUAAUAGACUUGUGGUCCCAGAGGCUAGAGUAGUAGCUUACUAGCUUGGUUGUUGUACUUGUGCCAAGUUGGACUUGAAAAGAAGGAGGAUGGGAGUGUGAUGAAAAAUAACAAAACACUCCUGAGUGAAGAUUCAACUAAUGUAAGAAGAUUUUGGAAUUUGGCAGCUUCCUAUGAAACCGUUGUGGUAUUUACUUAUUGCAGGUCCAUGUCUCGAGUUGUUUGCUUUGGCAUCUGAAAUCUUUGUAUUUAGUCAGUUUUGGAGAACUCUAGAGGUACUUGCCUAAAGUUGGUUUGGUAUGGACUUUGCAGGCCAUCGCUUAGUGGAGUACAGUGUGUUGCAAUCGUUUUCCUCUUCAAGUUUCGUACUUCGGAUGAUCUCACCGUCUGCGUUGGAGAAGGUUUGGUGGAAGGUGAAGACUGUGGGUUUCGGUUUGAUUUCGCCAGAGAUCGUCAUAUUUGGCAGGCUCUCUCACUAUAUAUUCUCUGAUGUUUGGGAGCAGUUGAUGAAAAUCGUAGUUGUUGCAAUUUCGACGAAGGAGAAGCCAGUUUCUUUGAUUACUCAUUCCAGUGAUUGUGAUUGAUGCAUGAUUUCGUGAUUGAAAUUUUUCGCCAAUGUUAAGCAUUUCAUAAGUGAGGUCAAUUUCGUGUCAGGUCACAAAGAGCUGGAUUAGGGUUAGGUUGUUCAAGGAGAUUGGGGAAGUACCUACCAUCUGUCGUCACAAUGAGAGCACGAUCAGAAAGGGGUGCUGUUUUUGGUAUUAUUUUGGAUGAUUAGUGAUGCAGAAUUUCGCCACCAUGUCAUGUACUUCUCCAAUCAAUUUUCGUAGUGCUUGAAAUUUCAUCACAGAGGUGUAUAUCUUUUCAAAUAUAAUUCCACUAUUAUUAUUUAAUAUAGGUAUUUUUGUGAAUAUUUAAUGUAGGAAGUUGAAUAGUUUUUGACAAUACAAUUGUUUUACUUAAGUUUUCAA